CAUUCAUUACGUUUUCGUCAACAGUUCGAGGCGGUUGUGUUUUUAAAUUCGACGGGCGCCCGAGUUUCUCGGGUCUAAUUUUUUUAAAACUUGUUUUCGUUUUACAUUCUAAGAACGAACCUGCCAUAUAUGUAAACGAGUCGUAAUUGCAGGCUGACACUUAUAUAGGCAUUGGUACCGAGAGAUACUGAAAAGUGCGAUGUCUGUCAAUAAAUCAACCUCGACUCUUGUGUUUUUCGUGAAUGGAAAAAAGGUGACUGAAGUGAGUCCGGAUCCGGAAUGCACGCUGCUCACGUACCUCCGUGAAAAGCUCCGCCUCUGCGGCACCAAGUUGGGAUGUGCAGAGGGAGGCUGUGGAGCCUGCACCGUGAUGGUGUCCCGCCUGGAUCGUCGGGCCAACAAAAUCCGUCACCUGGCGGUGAAUGCAUGUCUCACUCCGGUUUGUGCGAUGCACGGAUGUGCGGUGACCACGGUGGAGGGCAUAGGGAGUACCAAGACCCGACUGCAUCCGGUGCAGGAGCGACUGGCCAAGGCACAUGGCUCCCAGUGCGGAUUCUGCACUCCGGGCAUCGUGAUGUCCAUGUACGCCCUCCUCCGGAAUGCGGAGCAACCAUCGAUGCGGGACUUGGAGGUGGCCUUCCAGGGGAAUCUUUGCAGAUGCACUGGCUACCGACCGAUUCUCGAGGGUUACAAGACCUUCACCAAGGAGUUCACCUGCGGAAUGGGUGAGAAGUGCUGCAAGGUGAAUGGGAAUGCAUGUGCUUCCGAUACGGAUGACACACUCUUCGAACGGAGUGAAUUCCAACCACUGGAUCCCAGCCAGGAACCGAUCUUCCCACCGGAGCUCCAACUAAAUGAAGCCUUUGAUUCGGAGAGCUUGGUUUUCAGUUCGGAGAGGGUCACCUUUUAUCGUCCCACGAAUUUGGAGGAGCUCCUCCAACUGAAAGCCCAACAUCCUGCUGCCAAAUUGGUUGUUGGCAACACAGAAGUGGGCGUGGAGGUCAAGUUCAAGCACUUCCUGUAUCCCCAGCUCAUAAAUCCCACCCAAGUAAAGGAACUAUUGGAGAUUAAGGAAACCCCUGAUGGAAUUUACUUUGGAGCCGCUGUGAGUUUGAUGGAAAUAGAUGCUCUCCUUCGGCAGAGAAUCGAAGAAUUACCCGAAACGGAAACCAGAUUGUUCCAAUGCACCGUGGAUAUGCUUCAUUAUUUCGCCGGAAAGCAAAUCCGUAAUGUGGCCUGUUUGGGCGGAAACAUAAUGACCGGCAGUCCCAUUUCCGAUAUGAAUCCCGUGCUCACGGCAGCAGGAGCUCAAUUGGAUGUGGCGAGUUUUGUGGACGGAAAGAUCGUUAGAAGAUCGGUUCACAUGGGAACUGGUUUCUUCACGGGUUACCGAAGGAAUGUCAUCGCAGCUCAUGAGGUCCUCUUGGGCAUCCACUUCCGGAAGACCAAUCCAGAUCAGUAUAUCGUGGCUUUCAAGCAGGCGAGAAGAAGAGAUGAUGACAUUGCCAUCGUUAAUGCGGCCAUAAAUGUUCAGUUCGAGGAGAGAACCAACAAAGUGGCGGAGAUUUCGAUGGCUUUUGGUGGAAUGGCUCCCACCACAGUGUUGGCUCCUCGGACAUCCGAAUUGAUGUCUGGCCAGGAGUGGAACCACCAGUUGGUGGAACGAGUGGCGGAGAGUCUCUGCUCGGAGUUGCCUUUGGCUGCCUCGGCUCCCGGUGGCAUGAUUGCCUACCGAAGAGCUUUAGUGGUGAGCCUCUUCUUUAAGGCCUAUCUUUCCAUCACUCUGAAGUUGAGUAAAUCCGGGGUGAUAUCCUCGGAUGCUCUGCCUCCCGAGGAGCGAAGUGGCGCGGAGAUCUUUCACACUCCGGUCCUGAAGAGUUCGCAACUUUUCGAGCGGGUUUGCAGUGAUCAACCCAUUUGCGAUCCCAUCGGAAGACCCAAAGUUCAUGCUGCCGCCUUGAAACAGGCAACCGGAGAAGCCAUCUAUACGGAUGAUAUACCCCGAAUGGAUGGGGAGCUCUACUUGGCCUUCGUCUUGAGCACCAAACCUCGGGCCAAGAUCACCAAACUGGAUGCCAGUGAAGCCUUGGCCUUGGAGGGAGUGCAUCAGUUCUUUUCCUACAAAGAUCUAACCGAACAUGAGAACGAAGUGGGUCCUGUUUUUCAUGAUGAGCAUGUCUUUGCCGCCGGAGAGGUUCAUUGCUAUGGUCAGAUUAUCGGUUCCAUAGUUGCGGAUAACAAGGCAUUGGCUCAACGGGCUACAAGAUUGGUGAAAGUGGAGUAUGAGGAAUUAACCCCAGUAAUUGUGACCAUUGAACAGGCCAUCGAGCACAAGUCCUACUUCCCGGACUAUCCUCGCUUUGUGACCAAGGGAAGUGUGGAGGAGGCUUUGGCCCAGGCGGAUCACACCUACGAAGGAUCCUGUCGAAUGGGCGGACAGGAGCACUUCUAUCUGGAAACCCAUGCUGCCCUGGCGAUUCCCCGCGACUCCGAUGAACUGGAGCUCUUCUGCUCCACCCAACAUCCGUCGGAGGUGCAGAAACUCGUUUCCCAUGUCACCUCGCUUCCCUCCAAUCGAGUGGUUUGUCGAGCCAAAAGACUGGGCGGUGGUUUCGGUGGCAAGGAGUCCAGGGGUAUUUGUGUGGCUCUUCCCGUGGCUCUGGCUGCCCAUCGGAUGGGUCGCCCUGUGCGCUGCAUGCUGGAUCGCGACGAGGACAUGCUCAUCACGGGCACCCGACAUCCCUUCCUCUUCAAGUACAAGGUGGGCUUCACCAAGGAGGGUUUGAUCACUGCCUGCGACAUCGAGUGCUACAACAAUGCCGGCUGGUCCAUGGAUCUCUCCUUUUCGGUUUUGGAGCGAGCGAUGUACCACUUCGAGAACUGCUACCGGAUUCCCAACGUGCGAGUGGGUGGAUGGGUGUGCAAAACGAACCUGCCUUCGAAUACAGCCUUCCGUGGCUUUGGUGGACCCCAGGGAAUGUACGCCGGAGAGCACAUCAUCCGGGAUGUGGCCAGGAUCGUCGGUCGCGAUGUGUUGGACGUGAUGCGAUUGAACUUCUACAAAACAGGAGAUCGCACCCACUACCACCAGCAGUUGGAGCAUUUCCCCAUCGAACGAUGCCUUGAGGAUUGUCUAACCCAAUCGAGGUACCACGAAAAGCGUUUGGAGAUCGCUCGAUUCAACAAGGAGAAUCGCUGGAGGAAACGUGGAAUGGCUGUGGUGCCGACGAAAUACGGAAUUGCAUUUGGAGUCAUGCAUUUGAAUCAGGCUGGUGCCCUAAUCAACAUUUAUGGCGAUGGAUCCGUUCUACUUUCCCACGGAGGAGUUGAAAUUGGACAGGGUUUGAACACCAAGAUGAUUCAGUGCGCAGCAAGGGCUUUGGGAAUUCCACCGGAACUGAUUCACAUAUCGGAGACCUCAACUGACAAAGUACCAAAUACUUCUCCAACGGCGGCAAGUGUGGGAUCAGAUAUUAAUGGAAUGGCUGUUCUGGAUGCCUGUGAAAAGCUGAACAAACGAUUGGUUCCCAUUAAGGAGGCCCUGCCCAAAGGAACCUGGAAGGAGUGGAUCAAUAAGGCCUACUUCGAUCGGGUUAGCCUCUCAGCCACUGGAUUCUACGCCAUGCCAGGAAUUGGUUAUCAUCCGGAAACGAAUCCCAAUGCCCGCACCUACAGUUACUACACAAAUGGAGUGGGAGUCACUGUGGUGGAGAUCGACUGCCUGACUGGCGACCAUCAGGUGCUCAGCACGGACAUCGUUAUGGAUAUUGGAUCGAGUAUGAACCCGGCAAUUGAUAUUGGCCAGAUCGAGGGAGCAUUCAUGCAGGGAUAUGGGCUGUUUACUCUGGAGGAGCUCAUGUACUCCCCGCAGGGAAUGCUCUACUCCAGAGGUCCGGGGAUGUACAAGCUACCUGGAUUUGCCGAUAUUCCCGGAGAGUUCAAUGUCAGUCUGCUGACAGGCGCCCCCAAUCCACGGGCUGUCUACUCAUCCAAGGCUGUUGGAGAACCGCCGCUCUUCAUAGGAUCAGCAGCAUUCUUUGCCAUUAAGGAGGCCAUUGCUGCUGCUCGACUGGAUCAGGGAUUGAGUGGACACUUCCCACUGGAGGCGCCUUCCACCUCGGCUCGUAUUCGAAUUGCCUGCCAGGAUAAGUUCACCAAUUUGCUUGAUAUACCAGAACCAGGAAGCUUUACCCCUUGGAACAUUGUGCCUUAAAAUUGUUUUUAUUGAUUUUAAAUGUAAAUUUGUUUUUGUUCAUAGUUUUAUCGAAUAAAUGUUUGCAAACUA